UAUCUCUUAUCUAAGGUGUGAUUCAGUACGCCUUACUUAGACCUGCGGUAUAGUUAACUGCGAAAACGAAGCUUGUGUUUCUUUUUUUUCCAGUGUGCAUCAAUAUUUUUCGGGAAAAAUGUAUUCGAAAAAGUUUAUGUGCUACUUAGCUAUCGCUUUACUUCUGAUGGGCAUAUUCAUGGAAGAGGUCGAAGCGAGGCGCAAAAUUUUGAGGGGUCGAAAGACAAUAACCAGGCGUUACUACAGGGGUACAGCUAUACCUGCUUGGGCCAUAGUGGUUUUGACAGGCUUCGGCAUGUUACUGCUCGGUGCUGGACUUUAUGCGAUAUUGCAAAAAUUCGUGGUCGACGUCGCCGACACCGGAGAGAGCAACUCCUAUCAACCCGCGUUGCAAAUCGAAAGUUGAAUUAAUUUUCGACAACGUCAAAGAUAAACUUCUUACUCUCUUACUUCACAUUACAAAUUAUGUAACGUAGAAUUUUAUAAAUGUUUUUUCUUUUUGUAGAAAGUGUAUUUUUACUUUAUUAUAUUUCUGAGAUAAUUAUAUUCUGAUUAUUUUGUUAGAAUUUUCUUAUGCGAUAUACAUACAUAUAUAAAAAUGUUUGAAAUAUUA